AUGAUAUGCAGUGUACUAGUCGCCGCAUAUGCACCGCUGGAAAGUUUAAUGCUUUACAAUGUCGACGAUCCGUUACGUGUAUUCUGUGAACGAAUGGCAUUACCCAAUGUUCUCAAUGUCGAUGGUCAUUCAAAACGUGCACGCUUUUAUCGCUGGACAAAGAAAAUAAAAAAACAAUGGAAUAUCAAAGAAGAAAAAUUAAUUAUAACUCUUAUUAUAGUUAUCUUAAUGUUUAUAUUAUCAGUUUCGUUUGAAUAUGGCUUUGCCAAUGUUAGGGCAUCUCAAUCUAAUGCAAAUGAUCUCAUGCUAUCCAAAUUAAUAUCGAUUGGAAAUCUAUGUAGUUCAAUUAAUUCAUCUAAAUUUAUUCGUUUCCAAUAUAUGUCGUUCGACUUAAGCGCAGCUCACAAAUUUCUAAUAAUUUAA